AUUGAGCUGAACGUCAAGAAAAUCUAAAAUCCAUUGCUGAGAGAGAAAAUAAUAAAAAGAAAAAGAAAGAGUAAAAAACAAAUUUUAGGGUUUCAUAAUCAUUCUUCCCUCCAAAGGCCAAACCAAACACCCGCAUUCUUUCCUCCCAAGAAAGCGGGUUCACCCUUUCUCCAUUCGUCAACCACAUUUCUUCAAGGAGUGUGUCUCAUUGGAUGAUUGAUCGGUGGUUGGCAUGGAGGGAGGGAGGGGGAGAGAAUGGUUGGGGGUGGUGGUGAUAUGAAAAUCAUCGCUGAAUUUCGUUUUAUUUUCAAAAUGUUUUAAUGAAUGAAUUUUGAUUCAUGGAUUUGGAAUCUUCCGGCGAUUCCGUUAAAUGUUGUAAUCACUGUGUGUGCGGGUGUAUUGAUUGCUCCAUGGCAGCUCAAUCUUCUGGGAAUUGGCUCCGUUCUGUGAAAAGGAAGCACAAGGAGUUUGACCAGAACGGCCAAUUCCCUGAUCAGGAUCCGGUGGCGCGUGUGGAGAUUGGGAAUGAAUGUGAUGCAUUGCGUGAGGCAGUGAGCAGCCAACAGAAAUCAAUACAGGAUUUGUAUGAAGAAUUGGAGGAGGAGAGGAAUGCUGCGUCCACGGCGGCGAAUGAGACUAUGUCAAUGAUAUUGAGGUUGCAGAGGGAGAAGGCAGAGCUUCAAAUGGAAGCGCGCCAGUUCAAGAGGUUUGUGGAGGAGAGGACUUCACAUGAUCACCAUGAGCUAUUGGCAUUGGAGGAUUUGUUGUAUCAGAGAGAACAGGCAAUCCAGUCUCUCUCGUGUGAGGUUCAGGCUUAUAAGCACAGGUUGAUGAGUUAUGGCCUCACUGAAUCGGAGGCAGAAGGUGAUGCCUAUGAAUUCCCCCCUUAUGAGUACCCCCCUUUGAGAUGUAAUGCAAUGCAUGCUGAUAAUGAUGAAAUAGACAUCGAUAAAUAUGCGUUUGGCGAAACUCCUAAGGACCGUUUGAGGAACCUUGAAACUAGAAUAUCUCAAAUGGAGAGAAGUCCCACUUAUAGCCAAAUGGAUGGGGAGUUCAAUGGAAAAAACAUUCUAGAGAAGGUGAUAGUUGGACAUUCUCCAAGAUGGGCUAAACAUUCCAGGAAAAUUUCCUGCGACUCGUCUUCAUUUUGUCCCGAGUAUAUGAUGGAUUCUCCUAAGCUCAGUGGUAGCUUUAGGAAGAUGGAUUGUUUCUCACAAUCGGAUGACGUUUCCCCUUUGAAGAAAGUAGAUAAUGCAUCAGAAGCUGGUGAUGAUAUGAUUGAUAAAGUCUAUACAAUUGACUCUGAUUUCAAAGGUGGAGUUGGUGUUUACGAUGAUUUUGCAACCACACCAAGGGAGUUCGUUAAUCAUGCGGAUUUUGAAGAUCCGUACGUAAAGAAGCUUUGCAUGAGGCUUCAAACACUUGAGGCUGAUAGAGAAUCAAUGAGGCAGGCAAUCAUUUCAAUGCGCACUGAUAAAGCACAGCUUGUUUUACUGAAGGAAAUAGCUCAACAAUUGUGCAAAGAGAUGUCACAGCAAAAGAAAAUGACAGCACGAUCCUUUAUUAGCAGCUUGCCAUUCUUGACAGUUUUCAAGUGGGUUGCGUCAAUUGUUUUCUGGAGAAAGAGAGCUCAUGAAAUCAAGUAUAUGUUCGGGCUACCGUCUGACAGUGCAGGCUUGCUAAUGCUGCUUGACAAGGGACCCCAUGUAAGGUCAUGGAGAUAUCUUCAAUGUACACAAGUGGGAGAUUAGUUCUCCAAUUAUUGUUUUAGCUUACAGGGUAGGCUCAUAUGUGGGAGUGAGAGCACCGAGUCUUAAUCACACUAUACAAUAUAUUUUUCCCCUUUCCUUUUCCGUUAGAUUUUUCUUGCCAAAAAAGGUGGUGUUUUGUGCAGUGUUCUUUUAUUUCUUUUGUAUGAAAUUAACUGUAAUAUGUUGAUUGAUUGUUGAAACUCGGGAUAUGACAAGACAUUUGAGCACUCUUCCUCGAAUACUUUGUUAAGGUUGAGUAGAUGUACAUGUCUUUGGACAGCCCCUCUUGUACAUGGCACAUUGUAGGAAUGUAAGUUUCCUCACCAUGCAGUUUCUAUUCGAUUUUCAAGUUCAAUCCUAGUGAGUGAUAGGGUUGUUGUUGAAUCGAUGGAUUCUGUUGGGAAUAUAUUAUCUAUAUUUUUUUUUA